AUGGCUUGCGUUUCGAUCGGGAGCUUUGAGACGGAGAAGGGGAGCGGCGAGAACGAGAGUGACGACCGGGAGAUCUUGACCGAUGGCGAUGGUGAUGUUGAUGGCGUUCGUGAGAGGAGCGGCGUCUAUGCCUUCUCGACAGCGAAUCUGGGGAACGGUCUCGAGAAAGACGUCGUAACGUUUCGUGAUCCCGCUUCGAACGUUUUCUGCGAGGCGAUUCAGCCGAGCGGCUUCGUCCCCUGUGCCUUUUGGCCGAGGAAGAUGGAGACACCGGGGCGACUCGUUCACGGCUACGACUUCGACGACGUUCGUCGUCAGCGUCUCGAUGGCGUGCCUUUUGCGCUCGAUAGCGCGGAAUGA